GAGAGCCUAAAGAUCAUGACUAAGGUCAAGUCUUUGCGCACUGCUGAAUAUGCCUUCCAGCUGGCCCAGUAGAUGGCAUGCAAAAAAGUGACGGCUGUGCACAAGGUCAGCAUCAUGAAACUGAGAGAUGGUCUCUUCCUCCAGUGCUGUGGGGAGGUGGCAUCCCGCUAUCCUCAGCUCACCUUAGAAGAUAUGAUUGUGGACAAUGCCACAAUGCACUUUCUGUGAAGAGGGCUGCAGAUACGGUGGGACGUGUGUGGCUCCUAACAAAUGUGUCUGUCCAUCUGGAUUCACAGGAAGUCACUGCGAGAAAGAUAUUGAUGAAUGUUCAGAGGGAAUCAUUGAGUGCCACAACCAUUCCCGCUGCGUUAACCUGCCAGGGUGGUACCACUGUGAGUGCAGAAGCGGUUUCCAUGACGAUGGGACCUAUUCACUGUCCGGGGAGUCCUGUAUUGACAUCGAUGAAUGUGCCUUAAGAACUCACACCUGUUGGAACGAUUCUGCCUGCAUCAACCUGGCAGGGGGCUUUGACUGUCUCUGCCCCUCUGGGCCCUCCUGCUCUGGUGACUGUCCUCAUGAAGGGGGGCUGAAGCGCAAUGGCCAGGUGUGGACCUUGAAAGAAGACAGGUGUUCUGUCUGCUCCUGCAAGGAUGGCAAGAUAUUCUGCCGACGGACGGCCUGUGAUUGCCAGAAUCCAAGUGCUGACCUUUUCUGUUGCCCAGAAUGUGACACCAGGGUCACAAGUCAAUGUUUAGACCAAAAUGGUCACAAGCUGUAUCGAAGUGGAGACAAUUGGACCCAUAGCUGUCAGCAAUGUCGGUGUCUGGAAGGAGAGGUAGAUUGCUGGCCACUCACUUGCCCCAACUUGAGCUGUGAGUACACAGCUAUCUUAGAAGGGGAGUGUUGUCCCCGCUGUGUCAGUGACCCCUGCCUAGCUGAUAACAUCGCCUAUGACAUCAGAAAAACUUGCCUGGACAGCUAUGGUGUUUCAAGGCUUAGUGGCUCAGUGUGGACGAUGGCUGGAUCUCCCUGCACAACCUGUAAAUGCAAGAAUGGAAGAGUCUGUUGUUCUGUGGAUUUGGAGUGUCUUCAAAAUAAUUGAAGUAUUUAAAAUGGACUCAUCGCAGAAGAAUGGACAAAAUGACCAUCCAACGUGAUUAAGAAUAGGAAUUGGUGGUUUGGGUUUUUUGUUUGUUUUGUUUUGUUUUUAACCACAGACAAUUGCCAAAGUUUCCAUCUGAGGAAGGUGUUUGGAGGUUGCCUUUUGGACCUACCACUUUGCUCAUUCUUGCUAACCUAGUCUAGGUGACCUACAGUGCAGUCCAUUUAAGUCAAUGGUUGUUAAAAGAAGUUUCCCGUGUUGUAAAUCAUGUUUCCCUUAUUAGAUCAUUUGCAAACACAUUUAAAUGAUCUCAUGGUAAAUGUUGAUGUAUUUUUUGGCUUAUUUUGUGUAUGAACAUAAUAGAGACUCAGCUCCUUUUAUUUAUUUUGUUGAUUUAUGGAUCAAAUUCUAAAAUAAAGUUGCCUGUUGUGAUUUUUGUCCCAUCUACUG